UUUAUACCAUCGAGGACGUUUGUUCACAGCGAAGUAGAACAUACCAUUUUCGACAGUCGUAGAAAACACAUCUCCCAAAAACUGACGAUAUGCGGUUUGUUUUCUUGUUGUUGGUGUCUAUAUUGACAGUUGCUUCGCAACAACCAAAGCAGGACAAUCAAGAGGAAAGGAGAGGUGAUUUAGACCUACAGACCGUAGCCUUCGUGACCUUCGCCCGCGAGAAGAGAGAACAGGAAGACCAACAGCAGGUCAGGGGAGGUCAGAAUCAAAAUCUUGCUGAAAAUCAUGUCACUCCAAGGUCGAAGACCGUAGGCGGGCAGAUGGCGAAUGUGUACAACAAAAAAACUGAAUCGAAAAGAAGAAAUGAAAAAGGGGAUGGACCUGGCAUCAGGAGUACGAGAAAACGAGAAAACGAAAGAAAACAUGAUGGUUAUCCCAAGGAAAGAGCACGGGGCGAACGCAAAUAUAGCAGAGGCGCCAAGGAUCGCCUGGCGGACGAAAAGGAAAUCAAUAAAAUGAAAAAAGUUAGAAAGAUGUUUAAAGAUGCUAAAGACAAACCCAAAGGUAAUGGGGGCACAAAGAAUCACCUGAAGGAAAGAAACCAAAUUCAGAGAGGAAAAAAAAACAGGAAGAAGGUUGACGGUACCAACAACAAACGCAGAGGAGGCAGUAAAAAGGGCCAGACAAAUGAAGAGGAAAUCACUAAAGGUAAAGGGAAAUAGAAAGAAGACUAACGAUGCUAAAGACAAACGUAAUGAUAGUAAAGUCAAUAAGAAUGGGAAGACUGACCGAAAGGAACUUGAUAAAGGGAAGAGACAUAAAAAUAAGCAAAUUAGUGAGAACAGACCUAAGCCAAAGAAGCAAAAAUCACAGGAAGAGAAAAAAGACCAGAAACACUCAAAAAAGAAAAACAAGCAGUCUGGAGGAAAUGAAGAGAAAAACGGCAAAAAAGGUCAAAGUCUGGAAAAGCAGAAUAGAGAUAAAGAGACAAAGCGUAGAGAUGAGAUAAGGUCUGAAAAUCGUGGUAGAGGCGGAAGAGGCAAUAAUAGGAGGAACAAUAAAAGACACAGGAAAGAGAAAACAGAGGGACGUUCAAACCAAGCAAAGAAGAACAGAGAAGAAAAGCCCGGAAAGAACAAGCAAACAUCAGCCAAAAGAGGAAAAGCUGAAACGCAAAAACAAAAGCAACGAACAGAGACCAAUAAAAGAAAUAGAGCUCUCAAGAAAACAUUAAUAAAGACAAGACCUAACAGCAGACAAGACGGAAGUGGAGCAACGAACGGAAUAUUGAACAUCGUUCAGCAGGUGUGUAGCAGAACGCUUACCCUGGACUACAAUCAAGUGGCUCUCAUAUACAGCAAGAACGACGGAGAAAAAGAGAAAUGCAAUCAGAAAGUGGAGACACCUAAUGGGACAAUGAUCGGAUUUUCCUGCUUGACCUUCGACCCCAACACUAAGAAAUGUAAUAAGGAAUUCUUGGAGCUGAGAACAAGGGUUAAUGGUGGUAAAGAUAAGGUGAAGUAUUGCACAACGAAGAAGCCGGAGAAUAUUAUCAUUUCCUCUAACAACAUGGCCUUAAAAUACAAACGCCGUCAAAUUAAGAAGAAUCAGUGUUCUGGAGGAUUUUUAUGUGAAGUUUAUACUGUGGGAGGUAACGGAGGCACCACGAAUCGCCUGAAGGAAGAAAACCAAAUUCAGAAAGGAGAAAAGGACAGAAAGAAGGUCGACGGUACCGACAAAAAGCGCAGAGGAGGCAGUAAGAAUGGCCAGACGAACGAAGAGAAAAUCAUUAAAGGUAAAAGAGAUAGAAAGAAGACUAACGAUGAUGAAGACAAACGCAAUGAUAGUAGAGUCAAUAAGAAUGGGCAGACUGACCGAAAGGAACUUGAUAAAAGUAAGCAAACAAAUAAGAACGGACCUAAGCCAAAGAAGCAAAACUCAAAAGAGAAAAAAGAAAGAAAACACACCAAAAAGAAAAACAAGCAGUCUGAAGGAAAGGAAGAGAGAAACGGAAACAAAGGUCAAAGUCUGGAAAAAGAUAAAGAAGAUAAAGAGACAAAGCGUAAUGAUGAUGAAAAUCCUGAAAAUCCUGGCAGGAGCGGAAGAGAUGAGAAUUCGAGCAAUAAUAAGAGGAAUAAUAAAAGACACAAAAAAAAGAAAACAGAGGAACAUUCAAAACAAGCAAAGAAGUACAGAAAAGGAAAGCACGGAAAAAACAAACAAACGUCAGCUAAGAGAGAAAAAUCUAAAAUGCAAAAACAAAAGCAACGAGAAGAGACCAAAAUGAGAAGUAGAACGCCCAAGAAAACAAUAUUGAUGGAGAGAAGACCUAACAGCAGACAAGUCGGUAGUGGAGCAACAGUGAACAUCGUUCAGCAGGUGUGUAGCAGCACACUUACCUUGGACUACAAUCAGGUUGCUCUCAUAUACAGCAAGAACAACGGAGAAAACGAGAAAUGCAAUCAGAAAGUGAAGACACCUAAUGGGACAAUGAUCGGAUUUUCCUGCUUGACCUUCGACCCCAACACUAAGAAAUGUAAUAAGGAAUUCUUGGAGCUGAGGACAAGGGUUAAUGGUGUUACAGAUAAGGUUAAGUACUGCACGACAAAGAAGCCGGAGAAUAUCAUCGUUUUAUCCAACAACAUGACCAUAAAAUACAAACGCCGUCAAAUUAAGAAGAAGCAGUGUUCUGGAGGAUUUUUGUGUGAAGUUUACACUGUGGGAGUGUAUCUUACAGACGCCCUAUCGUCGACUCCAGUUACUCUGCCGGUAAUAACAACUGCUCCAAUGACAACAGAUGUUCCACCAGUAAUAACAGCUGCUCCACCAGUGCUAACAAGUGUUUCACCGAUAAUCCAAACUAUUCCACUGUUAACAACAAUGUCUGCCCCACCAGUGACAACAGCUGCUGCACCAGUAGUGACGGCUGCUCCUGUAGCAACAUCCACUCCGUCAGCAGUGACGGCUGCUCCUGUAGCAACAGCUACUUCGUCAGCAGUGACGGUUGUUCCUGCAACAACAGCUGGUUUACCGAUAACAACUGUUACUCCAGAAAUAACAGCAUCAGUGAUAACUAAUGAUUCACCAGCAACAGCAGCGUCAACAAGUGCUUCACUGGUAACAAUUGCUUCAACACUAGCAACAGCAUCUGUCACACCAGUGACAGCAGCAGUCUCACCAGUAACGACACCUUUACUUGUAACAACAAUAAGUCCAAUAAUAACAACUGCACCAAUUACAACUAUAGUUGCAUCGCAAACAACAGUUACUUCUACAGUAACUACAAAUUGCAGCCUCUCCAGACUCUACUGCGACGGGUGUGGAAUAGCACCCAUCAGUAUUGCCAGCACGAGAAUUGUCAAUGGUACUGCAGCAUCAAUAGGGGAAUACCCGUAUCAAGUAGCAGUGCUGAGCACUAUACAGAAUUCACAGUAUCUGUGUGGUGGUGCAAUUAUAAAGGAGAGAUGGAUUCUCACAGCUGCACAUUGUUUUUACGAUCGUUCUGGCAAUAAGGCUACAGGUGUCGAAGUACGUUACGGUUCGAUAGAUAUCAACGGCGGUACUUCCGUGACUGCAUCGAGAUUCAUCGAUCACCCUCAGUAUAACAGAACCACACAGGCCAACGACAUUGGUGUAGUGGAGCUUCCUCAUCCCCUGAAUUACCAAGGAGCCGCCAACAUUCAGCCGAUCUGUUUGGGUCAGGAAGAAGAUAUUCCUUUCGGAGGGAAAGCAAUAGCGACGGGAUGGGGAUCAACCUCCUUUCAGGGUCCUCAAUCGAGUACUCUGCUAGAAGUCGAGUUGGACGUCAUCACCAUAGCCGAGUGCCAAACGAAGCUUGUGACCUUGCCACCUAACCCCGAAAAUGUCCUUUGUGCUCUAACCUCGUUUAAGGACACCUGCCAGGGUGACAGCGGUGGUCCUCUAGUCGCCCAGCUUUGUAAUGGCAGAUGGGCUGUGGUGGGUAUUGUUAGCUUUGGGAUCGGGUGUGCUUUGCCCGAGAGCCCUGGAGUCUACACCAGAGUGAGCGCUUACGCAGAUUGGAUUUCUAAUACCACUGGUGGAAUUGCUUGCAACUCUACUAUAAAUCUUGUAAGUCUGGCGAACACACUGAAUAUGCAAAGAACAACUAUAAAUGACUUAGACAACGAAGUUGUAUUGGGCAAGCAGAAAAUUGAAUCCCUCCAAAGUAUACUGAAUGUUGAUAGUGGUGGGCGCCGACGACGCAGGAAUCUUGAUCUCCUUCAGGAACAGAGAAACGCAUUUACAAGAGCAGCUCAAGCCAUCAGUAACAGAAACGUUCUCUUGAUGGUCUCACUGAAAACCGACCUAGUACAGUUCAGAGGACGGCUUUCAGCAUUCAUUAUAGAGGUUGCAAUGAACAGAACUGGACUCGAUGUACCAGCAAUUCUAGCCAUGGCAGAAGAGGCGAUAAAUAUGGCAAACAAUGUAAGCACCGCAGGUAAGUUGGAAAUUGCUGAUAUUGAGAGUGAAUAUCAGAAUAUUACCCUUCAAGUGGAGGACAGUGUUGGCAGCAUUCCAGCCCUGCAACCACUAGAACCUAAACCAACAGCCACUGUCUCGGUUUCACCAGAAGCGACUACUACACCAUGCAACAUCAGGAGACCCUAUUGUGAUGAUUGUGGAAUUGCAUCAGUUCAUGUCAACAAUAUGAGGAUUGUCAAUGGCACCAAGGCAUCUGUGGGGGAAUACCCAUAUCAAGUGGCAUUAUUAAGCACUAUACAGGGUAAAUCAUAUCUGUGUAGUGGCACCAUCAUCAAGGACAGCUGUAUCCUCACAGCUGCUCAUUGCCUUUACGAUAAGAAUAAGAACCGGGCUACAAGAGUAGAAGUGCGUUAUGGGUCGAUAUUAUUGCAAAACCAAACUUCCGUCAUAGCAUCGAGAUACAUCGAACACCCUGGAUAUACAAGAACCACACUGGCCAACGAUAUUGCUGUGGUGGAGCUCCCUGAGCCGCUUGUUUUCAGUAACACAGUUCGGCCCAUUUGUCUGGGACUAGAAGAAGACAAUCCCUUUGGUGGAAAGGCUGUGGCCACUGGAUGGGGUGACAUUAUUUUCAAUGGUUCUGGGUCGAAUACCCUGCUGGAAGUUGCAUUAGACGUUAUUACAAUGGACGACUGUGAAAAGAAUACGUCAUUACCGCCAGACAGUACUAAGGUCUUGUGUACUCGUACACCUUCUAAAGCCCCUUGCCAUGGUGACAGUGGUGGUCCCCUUGUUGUACAGCUGUGUAACGGUCGUUUUGCUCAAGUCGGUAUAAUCAGCUAUAGUGACUCGAACUGUGUUAUGGUCGACAAACCAACAGUAUAUACAAGGGUGUCCGCUUACUUAGACUGGAUCUCCAACGUCACAGGUGGCAUCACCUGCACUUGUAAAAUCAGCGGAACAGAGACCCAAACUACACUAACAACAACACAAGUCUAUUCAACAAUGACUGCUUCGGCUGCUCCUGUAGCAACAGCCACUCCGUCAGCAGUGACGGCUGCUCCUGUAGCAACAGCCACUCCGUCAGUAGUGACGGUUGCUCCUGUAGCAACAGCCACUCCGUCAGCAGUGACGACUGCUCCUGUAGCAACAGCUACUUCGUCAGCAGUGACGGGUGCUCCUGCAACAACAGCUGGUUUACCGAUAACAACUGUUACUCCAGAAAUAACAGCAUCAGUGAUAACUAAUGAUUCACCAGCAACAACAGCGUCAACAAGUGCUUCACUGGUAACAAUUGCUUCAAUACUAGCAACAGCAUCUGUCACACCAGUGACAGCAGCAGUUUCACCAGUAACGACAUCUUUGCUUGUAACAACAAUAAGUCCAAUAAUAACUGCACCAAUUACAACUAUAGUUGCAUCGCAAACAGCAGUUACUUCUACAGUAACUACAACUUGCAGCCUCUCCAGACUCUACUGCGACGGGUGUGGAAUAGCACCCAUCAGUAUUGCCAGCACGAGAAUUGUCAAUGGUACUGCAGCAUCAAUAGGGGAAUACCCGUAUCAAGUAGCAGUGCUGAGCACUAUACAGAAUUCACAGUAUCUGUGUGGUGGUGCAAUUAUAAAGGAGAGAUGGAUUCUCACAGCUGCACAUUGUUUUUACGAUCGUUCUGGCAAUAAGGCUACAGGUGUCGAAGUACGUUACGGUUCGAUAGAUAUCAACAGCGGUACUUCCGUGACUGCAUCGAGAUUCAUCGAUCACCCUCAGUAUAACAGAACCACACAGGCCAACGACAUUGGUGUAGUGGAGCUUCCUCAUCCCCUGAAUUACCAAGGAGCCGCCAACAUUCAGCCGAUCUGUUUGGGUCAGGAAGAAGAUAUUCCUUUCGAAGGGAAAGCAAUAGCGACGGGAUGGGGAUCAACCUCCUUUCAGGGUCCUCAAUCGAGUACUCUGCUAGAAGUCGAGUUGGACGUCAUCACCAUAGCCGAGUGCCAAACGAAGCUUGUGACCUUGCCACCUAACCCCGAAAAUGUCCUUUGUGCUCUAACCUCGUUUAAGGACACCUGCAAGGGUGACAGCGGUGGUCCUCUAGUCGCCCAGCUUUGUAAUGGCAGAUGGGCUGUGGUGGGUAUUGUUAGCUUUGGGAUCGGGUGUGCUUUGCCCGAGAACCCUGGAGUCUACACCAGAGUGAGCGCUUACGCAGAUUGGAUUUCUAAUACCACUAGUGGAAUUGCUUGCAACUCUACUAUUAAUCUUGUAAGUCUGGCGAACACACUGAAUAUGCAAAGAUCAACUAUAAAUGACUUAGACAACGAAGUUGUAUUGGGCAAGCAGAAAAUUGAAUCCCUCCAAAGUAUACUGAAUGUUGAUAAUGGUGGGCGCCGACGACGCAGGAAUCUUGAUCUCCUUCAGGAACAGAGAAACGCAUUUACAAGAGCAGCUCAAGCCAUCAGUAACAGAAACGUUCACUUGAUGGUCUCACUGAAAACCGACCUAGUACAGUUCAGAGGACGGCUUUCAGCAUUCAUUAUAGAGGUUGCAAUGAACAGAACUGGACUCGAUGUACCAGCAAUUCUAGCCAUGGCAGAAGAGGCGAUAAAUAUGGCAAACAAUGUAAGCGCCGUAGGUAAGUUGGAAAUUGCUGAUAUUGAGAGUGAAUAUCAGAAUAUUACCCUUCAAGUGGAGGACAGUGGUGGCAGCAUUCCAGCCCUGCAACCACUAGAACCUAAACCAACAGCCACUGUCUCGGUUUCACCAGAAGCGACUACUACACCAUGCAACAUCAGGAGACCCUAUUGUGAUGAUUGUGGAAUUGCAUCAGUUCAUGUCAACAAUAUGAGGAUUGUCAAUGGCACCAAGGCAUCUGUGGGGGAAUACCCAUAUCAAGUGGCAUUAUUAAGCACUAUACAGGAUAAAUCAUAUCUGUGUAGUGGCACCAUCAUCAAGGACAGCUGUAUUCUCACAGCUGCUCAUUGCCUUUACGAUAAAAAUAAGAACCGGGCUACAAGAGUAGAAGUGCGUUAUGGGUCGAUAUUAUUGCAAAACCAAACUUCCGUCAUAGCAUCGAGAUACAUCGAACACCCUGGAUAUACAAGAACCACACUGGCCAACGAUAUUGCUGUGGUGGAGCUCCCUAAGCCGCUUGUUUUCAGUAACACAGUUCGGCCCAUUUGUCUGGGACUAGAAGAAGACAAUCCCUUUGGUGGAAAGGCUGUGGCCACUGGAUGGGGUGACAUUAUUUUCAAUGGUUCUGGGUCGAAUACCCUGCUGGAAGUUGCAUUAGACGUUAUUACAAUGGACGACUGUGAAAAGAAUACGUCAUUACCGCCAGACAGUACUAAGGUCUUGUGUACUCGUACACCUUCUAAAGCCCCUUGCCAUGGUGACAGUGGUGGUCCCCUUGUUGUACAGCUGUGUAACGGUCGUUUUGCUCAAGUCGGUAUAAUCAGCUAUAGUGACUCGAACUGUGUUAUGGUCGACAAACCAACAGUAUAUACAAGGGUGUCCGCUUACUUAGACUGGAUCUCCAACGUCACAGGUGGCAUCACCUGCACUUGUAAAAUCAGCGGAACAGAGACCCAAACUACACUAACAACAACACAAGUCUAUUCAACAAUGACUGCUUCGGCUGCUCCUGUAGCAACAGCCACUCCGUCAGCAGUGACGGCUGCUCCUGUAGCAACAGCCACUCCGUCAGUAGUGACGGUUGCUCCUGUAGCAACAGCCACUCCGUCAGCAGUGACGACUGCUCCUGUAGCAACAGCUACUUCGUCAGCAGUGACGGGUGCUCCUGCAACAACAGCUGGUUUACCGAUAACAACUGUUACUCCAGAAAUUACAGCAUCAGUGAUAACUAAUGAUUCACCAGCAACAACAGCGUCAACAAGUGCUUCACUGGUAACAAUUGCUUCAAUACUAGCAACAGCAUCUGUCACACCAGUGACAGCAGCAGUCACAGCAGUAACGACACCUUUACUUGUAACAACAAUAAGUUCAAUAAUAACAACAGCACCAAUUACAACUAUAGUUGCAUCGCAAACAGCAGUUACUUCUACAGUAACUACAAAUUGCAGCCUCUCCAGACUCUACUGCGACGGGUGUGGAAUAGCACCCAUCAGUAGUGCCAGCACGAGAAUUGUCAAUGGUACUGCAGCAUCAAUAGGGGAAUACCCGUAUCAAGUAGCAGUGCUGAGCACUAUACAGAAUUCACAGUAUCUGUGUGGUGGUGCAAUUAUAAAGGAGAGAUGGAUUCUCACAGCUGCACAUUGUUUUUACGAUCGUUCUGGCAAUAAGGCUACAGGUGUCGAAGUACGUUACGGUUCGAUAGAUAUCAACGGCGGUACUUCCGUGACUGCAUCGAGAUUCAUCGAUCACCCUCAGUAUAACAGAACCACACAGGCCAACGACAUUGGUGUAGUGGAGCUUCCUCAUCCCCUGAAUUACCAAGGAGCCGCCAACAUUCAGCCGAUCUGUUUGGGUCAGGAAGAAGAUAUUCCUUUCGGAGGGAAAGCAAUAGCGACGGGAUGGGGAUCAACCUCCUUUCAGGGUCCUCAAUCGAGUACUCUGCUAGAAGUCGAGUUGGACGUCAUCACCAUAGCCGAGUGCCAGACGAAGCUUGUGACCUUGCCACCUAACCCCGAAAAUGUCCUUUGUGCUCUUACCUUAUUUAAGGACACCUGUCAGGGUGACAGCGGUGGUCCUCUAGUCGCCCAGCUUUGUAAUGGCAGAUGGGCUGUGGUGGGUAUUGUUAGCUUUGGGAUCGGGUGUGCUUUGCCCGAGAGCCCUGGAGUCUACACCAGAGUGAGCGCUUACGCAGAUUGGAUUUCUAAUACCACUGGUGGAAUUGUUUGCAACUCUACUAUAAAUCUUUUAAGUCUGGCGAACACACUGAAUAUGCAAAGAACAACUAUAAAUGACUUAGACAACGAAGUUGUAUUGGGCAAGCAGAAAAUUGAAUCCCUCCAAAGUAUACUGAAUGUUGAUUAUGGUGGGCGCCGACGACGCAGAAAUCUUGAUCUCCUUCAGGAACAGAGAAACGCAUUUACAAGAGCAACUCAAGCCAUCAGUAACAGAAACGUUUUCUUGAUGGUCUCACUGAAAACCGACCUAGUACAGCUCAGAGGACGGCUUUCAGCAUUCAUCGUACAGGUUGCAAUGAACACAAUUGGACUCGAUGUACCAGCAAUUGUAGCCAUGGCAGAAGAGGCGAUAAAUAUGGCAAACAAUGUAAGCGCCGUAGGUAAGUUGGAAAUUGCUGAUAUUGAGAGUGAAUAUCAGAAUAUUACCCUUCAAGUGGAGGACAGUGGUGGCAACAUUCCCGCCCUACAACCACUAGAACCUAAACCAACAGCCACUGUCUCGGUUUCACCAGAAGCGACUACUACACCAUGCAACAUCAGGAGACCCUAUUGUGAUGAUUGUGGAAUUGCAUCAGUUCAUGUCAACAAAAUGAGGAUUGUCAAUGGCACUAAGGCAUCUGUGGGGGAAUACCCAUAUCAAGUGGCAUUAUUAAGCACUAUACAGGGUAAAUCAUAUCUGUGUAGUGGCACCAUCAUCAAGGACAGCUGUAUCCUCACAGCUGCUCAUUGCCUUUACGAUAAAAAUAAGAACCGGGCUACAAGAGUAGAAGUGCGUUAUGGGUCGAUAUUAUUGCAAAACCAAACUUCCGUCAUAGCAUCGAGAUACAUCGAACACCCUGGAUAUACGAGAACCACACUGGCCAACGAUAUUGCUGUAGUGGAGCUCCCUGAACCACUUGUUUUCAGUAACACCGUUCGGCCCAUUUGUCUGGGACUAGAAGAAGACAAUCCCUUUGGUGGAAAGGCUGUGGCCACUGGAUGGGGUGACAUUAUUUUCAAUGGUUCUGGAUCGAAUACCCUGCUGGAAGUUGUGUUAGACGUUAUUACAAUGGACGACUGUGAAAAGAAUACGUCAUUACCGCCAGACAGUACUAAGGUCUUGUGUACUCGUACACCUUCUAAGGCCCCUUGCCAUGGUGACAGUGGUGGUCCCCUUGUUGUACAGCUGUGUAACGGUCGUUUUGCUCAAGUCGGUAUAAUCAGCUAUAGUAACUCGAACUGUGCUAUGCUCGACAAACCAACAGUGUAUACAAGGGUGUCCGCUUACUUAGACUGGAUCUCCAACGUCACAGGUGGCAUCACCUGCACUUGUAAAUUCAGCGGAACAGAGACCCAAACUACACUAACAACAACACAAGUCUAUUCAACAGUAACCUACAACACCAAUGAAUUCAACCAAGACCACAACACCAAUCAAUUCAACUGAGACCACAACACCAAUCAAUUCAACAGAGACCACAACACCAAUCAAUUCAACUGAGACCACAACACCAAUCAAUUUAACAGAGACCACAACACCAAUCAAUUCAACAGAGACCACAUCACCAAUCAAUUCAACAGAGACUACAACACCAAUCAACUCAACAGAGACUACAACACCAAUCAAUUCAACUGAGACUGCAACA